AUGGACAAUGCGCUCGCGCGGCUCGGCACGAACUCGACGUACACAUCGUACGGGGGCAACAACAUGACGGGUGUCGCGAAGUCCCCGGACUCGGACGCAAACUCGCAGUUGGUAGUCCCAGGCACAGACCGGGAGAACGCGCUGUGCAACACGUGCCCGAACAGCGUGGGCAUCUGCUGUCCACCGACGGUGGAGUGCGACGGAGACGACGGCAAGUGUCCGCUGUACGCGCUGGAGAACUCGCACAACACGCUCAACGGAUACUUGAUUGCACAGGUCAUGAACAGCUCGGCCCCCGUCGCCGGUAGGAAGAAGGUCCGCGCCCUGCCGAAGCCCAAGAACGACGUGACUAGGGCGAAGGACCAACAGGAGAGGGGGAAGAGCGCGAAGAAGGCCCAUCUAGCGAAGAAGGCCCAUCGGAGACGGUUUUGA